AUUUAGUGCAAAUAGUAUUUUCGGGUCCGUCACUUUGCAACGCACGGAGAUUCUUACACAGGCGGCCAUAGCGGUCUAAGGUUGAAGUAACACCGCUGAAAUGUUAACGGCACGAGUAGCAACAUCAUUGAUAAGACAGCUUCCAAGGGCUGCACCACAGGUGUGCCGCCAUGCCCUUGGUGCUGGUAGCGUUGCUGCAAGACACUUGACAACAUCACAGGCACAAUGGGCAUCCCAAAAGAGUGGAGGUGCAGAAGUCUCCUCUAUUCUGGAAGAGAGAAUUUUAGGCCAGUCAACAACAGCUAAUCUUGAAGAAACUGGAAGAGUGUUAACUAUUGGUGAUGGUAUUGCCCGUGUAUAUGGACUCAAAAAUAUUCAGGCUGAAGAAAUGGUGGAAUUCUCAAGUGGUCUACGAGGUAUGGCUUUGAACUUGGAACCAGACAAUGUAGGUGUUGUAGUAUUUGGUAAUGACAAACUUAUUAAGGAAGGUGAUAUUGUAAAGAGAACCGGAGCAAUUGUGGAUGUGCCUGUUGGUCUAGAAGUUCUUGGCAGAGUUGUAGAUGCCUUGGGAAACCCAAUCGAUGGCAAGGGUCCAUUGGAUUGCAAGACAAGAGCUCGUGUAGGAACAAAAGCCCCCGGUAUUAUCCCAAGAAUUUCGGUAAAAGAACCUAUGCAGACUGGAAUCAAAGCUGUGGACAGUCUUGUACCAAUUGGUCGUGGCCAGAGAGAAUUGAUCUACGGAGACAGGCAGACAGGAAAAACUGCCAUUGCCAUUGAUACAAUCAUCAACCAGAAACGUUUCAAUGAUGCAACUGAUGAGAAGAAAAAAUUGUACUGCAUUUAUGUUGCUAUUGGUCAGAAAAGAUCAACAGUUGCACAGAUUGUCAAGAGAUUGGCUGAUGCAGAUGCCAUGAAGUAUACAGUUGUUGUAGCUGCCACAGCCUCUGAUGCUGCCCCUCUACAGUACCUGGCUCCUUACUCUGGCUGUGCCAUGGGAGAAUACUUCAGAGACAACGGAAGACAUGCCCUCAUUAUAUAUGAUGAUUUGUCCAAACAGGCUGUAGCCUACAGACAGAUGUCCCUGUUGUUGAAGAGACCUCCUGGUAGAGAAGCCUACCCUGGUGAUGUAUUCUAUCUCCACUCUCGUCUACUUGAGCGUGCAGCUAAGAUGAAUGAUGACCAUGGUGGUGGAUCACUCACUGCUCUCCCCGUCAUUGAGACUCAGGCUGGUGAUGUAUCUGCUUACAUCCCAACUAAUGUCAUCUCCAUUACAGAUGGACAGAUUUUCUUGGAAAAUGAAUUGUUUUACAAGGGUAUCCGACCAGCCAUUAAUGUAGGUUUGUCUGUCAGCAGAGUAGGCUCAGCUGCCCAGACCAAAGCCAUGAAACAGGUUGCUGGUUCCAUGAAACUGGAAUUGGCUCAGUACAGAGAAGUUGCAGCUUUUGCCCAAUUUGGUUCUGAUCUUGAUCAGGCCACACAGAACCUCCUUAACCGUGGAGUACGUCUCACAGAAUUGUUGAAACAAGGACAAUAUGUACCAAUGGCUAUUGAAGAACAAGUUUGUAGCAUCUAUGCCGGUGUCCGUGGAUUCCUUGACAAAAUUGACCCAUCAAAAAUCACAGCUUUUGAGGAGGAUUUCCUCACCCACAUUCGUACAUCUCAGCAAACCCUUUUAAAUGAGAUCCGUGAACAAGGAAUGAUCAGCGAGUCCAACGAUGCUAAAUUAAAAGAAGUAGUUGUAAAUUUCAUGGCAGGAUGGAGUGGUUGAUUGACAUUCUCAGUAGGAGACUUUAUAAACAAUUAACAUACAUGUGAAGUGCGAUUGUGUGUGAUAUGAAAAUCUAAUAGUGCUUGGACCAACUUUCAACAUGGCUGUUCCAACUUAAUGAGAGAAAUAUUUAUUGUUUGAUAACUAAACCAUUAUAGAAAUCGUUUAGAAUGCAAGCAGCAGAAAAUUGCACUGUUGCUUCAAAAUAUUUUUGUUUGAGGAUGUUUAUAAUGGAAUAAAAUAAUUGAAAGUA